AUGCUCUACUUAAGUUCUCUUUUCUUGUAAGAAAAAAGGUAUCGCUCUCAGUAAUAUUGUCUCUCAAACUGGUGCUCACAGCCAUGGGAAAAGAACCAUUGCUUCAGAAAGUGAGGAUUCAAGAAGACAUCGAGUCAGAUAAGAAGACUCGUGUCAAUGGCGGAGACGAUGACGGCCCCAUCACGUUUGUUUUACUCCUCACAACCUUAACUGCUCUAUGGGGCACUUUCUCCUAUGGCACUGCCGCCGGCUUUACGUCACCAGCUCAAACUGGGAUGAUGGAAGGACUAAAUCUCUCGUUGGCUGAGUUUUCAUUCUUUGGAUCUGUAUUAACAAUUGGUGGACUCGUGGGAGCCGCGUUGUCGGGAAGAUUCGCCGAUCUUUUUGGUCGGAGAGGCGCUUUGUGGGUGUCAAACUCAUUUUGCAUGGCCGGCUGGCUUAUGAUAGCCUUCUCUCAGGCGACUUGGUCACUUGAUAUUGGACGAUUUCUUCUCGGAGUCGCAUCUGGCGUAACUUCUUAUGUGGUACCCGUCUACAUUGUAGAAAUUGCACCCAAAAGAAUCAGAGGCGCGUUCUCUGCGGUUAGCAUGCUUGUGAUGUGUGCUAGCAUGGCCUUCAGUUUCCUUGUUGGAUCAGUAAUUUCAUGGCAGAACUUAGCUCUCUUCAGUACAGUUCCUUGUGUUUUAGAAUUCGCCGGUUUGUUCUUUAUACCGGAGUCUCCUAGGUGGCUGUCUAGAAAUGGUCGGGUUAAAGAAUCGGAAGUUGCACUCCAACGUCUACGAGGAAACAGCACUGAUAUCACCAAAGAGGCUGCAGAAAUCAAAAAAUAUAUGGAAAAUCUUCAAGAAUCCAAAGAAGAUGGUUUUCUUGAACUCUUCAAACCGCGAUAUUCUCGUGCUGUUAUUGUGGGGAUUGGAUUGCUAGUACUGCAACAACUCGGAGGUCUCAGUGGCUACACAUUUUACAUGAGCUCGAUUUUUAACAAAGCGGGGUUUCCUAACAACGUAGGAGUGACGAUAGCUACCGUGGUGCAAGCCACGAUGAGCGUUUUCGGAUUAAUAAUCGUGGAUAAAUUUGGGAGACGACCUCUUUUAAUGGUUGCGACGGGCAUGAUGUGUUUGGGGUCAUUCAUCACAGGGCUGUCGUUUUUGUUUCAGAGUUAUGCUUUACUCGAAAAUUACACCUCGAUUUCAACACUGAUCGGAGUGCUGGUGUUUCUAACUUCGAUGACAAUUGGAAUGGGAGGUAUUCCAUGGGUCAUUGUCUCCGAGAUGACACCGAUGAAUAUAAAGGGUUCAUCAGGGACGCUAUGCAAUAUAACUAGCUGGUCCUCUAAUUGGUUCGUUUCGUACACAUUCAACUUCCUCUUCCAGUGGAGCUCUUCUGGUGUGUUUUUCUUAUAUUCAACGAUAUCGGGUAUGGGCAUCCUAUUUGUGAUGAAAAUGGUACCAGAGACUCGAGGUCGUUCCCUUGAAGAAAUUCAAGCCGAUGUUGCCCGAUAACUUUGU